AUGCGGGGUGGCUGGGACUCGUCUUUGCUGUCUUCAUCAUCAUGCUGUUCAGACACCUCAAAUUCCUCUGAUAGCAGCGACGGUGAAAAUGCAGCAGCAGCAGCAGCAGCAAAUGUGCAUCAGCAGCAGCAGCUGCAUGCCCACCCUCAUCACCUUCAUCGACACCAUAUUCUGCAGCAGCAGCAUUUGCUGCAGCAGCAGCAUUUGCAGCAGCACCCCUUACAGCAGCAGCAGCAGAUGCAUCACCUGUCACUGCACCCACAGCAGCAGCAGCAAGUGCAGCAGCAGUUGCAGCAGCAGGUGCAGAUGCAGCAGCAUCUGCCGCUCGAGCAUGCGCCUGAGCAGCAGCAGCAGCAGCAGCAAAGAGGUGGCCGACCCCGGGCUUCAAGAAGAGGCAGAGGCGGAGUUAGACGUGGCGGCAGCAAGGCAAAGGCGGGACCUCCUAGCAGCAGCAGCAGCGGCAGCAGCAAUGGCAGCCGAAGCAACGGCAGCAGCAACGGCAGCAGCAGCACUCCCCAUGUGGUAGCGGAAGCUACUGAUGCUGUUGCUUCUGUUCGCCAAAUGCAGCAGCAGCAACACAUCUUUAGCCAGCAGCAACUGCAACAACGACAAGGCUUGCUGCUGCAGCACCACCAGCUGCAGCAGCAAAUCGAUCAGCUCCAGCAGGGCACGCUGCAGCAGCAGCAUCACUUUCUGCAGCAGCAGCAGAUGCAGCAGAAAGUGGAGCAGCAGCAGCAUAUGGGACAGCAGCAGCAGAUAAGGCAGCAGCUGCCGCGGCAGGAGCUGCAGAUUUCGCCCGAGGAGUAUUGGAGAGAGCAGCAGCGGCUGCGUCCCGGUGUCAGCACAGCAGCAGCAGCUGCUGCUGCUGCUGCUGUUGCUGCUGCUAACGAAUGUGAGGCAGCGGUUGCUGCUGAUAUUGCCGCAAGAGAUCAGCAGGAGAGGCAGGAGCGGUUGCAGCAACAAGAACUGCAGCAACAACUUCAGCUGCAGCAGCAGCAGCUGCAGCAACAGCAGCUGCAGCACCAACAGCUGCAGCAGCAACAGAUACAGCAACAACAGAUGCAGCAGCAACAGCUCCAGCACCAACAGCUGCAGCGCCAACAGCUGCAGCACCAACAGCUGCAGCAGCAGCAGCUGCAGCACCAACAGCUACACCAGCAACAUAUACAGCAGCAGCAACAGAUGCAGCAGCAGCAACAGAUACAGCAUCAUCAACAGAUACAGCAGCAUCAACAGAUACAGCAGCAGCAACAGAUACAGCAGCAGCAACAGGUACAGCAGCAGCAACAGAUACAGCAGCAGGAACAGAUACAGCAGCAGCAACAGAUACAGCAGCAGCAACAGAUGCAGCAGCAGCAACAGAUACAGCAGCAGCAACAGAUGCAGCAGCAGCAACAAAUGCAACAACAGCAACAGACGCAGCAGCAGCAACAGAUGCAGCAGCAGCAACAGAUGCAGCAGCAUCAGCAACACCUGCAACAGCAGCCGCAGCUACAGCAACAGAUUCCGAUGCACCCACAGCAGCAGGAGCUGCUGCAGCAGCAACAGCAGUUGCCGUUGCAUAUUGAGCAGCAGCAGCAUCUGCAGCAUCAGAUGUCGGCGCACCAGCUGCAGCAUCCGCUGCAGCAUCCGCUGCAGCAUCAGCAGCAAAUGCAGCAGAAGCAGGUGCAGUAUCAGCAGCAGCAGCUGCAAGCGCAGCAACAGCAAACAUUUCAGUCACUGCAGCAGCCCAUACAGCAGCAGCAGCCAGGACUUCCGCACCAGCAAAUGCCGCAGCAGCUGCUUGUGCCGCAGCAGGACCGCCAGCAGCAGCAGCACCUGCAGCAAGAGCACGAACUGCAGCAGCAACAGCAGAAACAGCAGCAGCUGCUAGAGCAGCCGCAGAAGCAGCAGCAGGAGCAGCAGCAGGAGCAGCAGCAGCAGCAGCAGGAGCAGCAGCUGCAGCAAUGCUCUCCGGGUCCCUCUCCAGUUGUGGAGGAGCCAGAGCAGGAGCAGCAGCUCAUGCAGGACCAGCAGCAGCAGCAGAUGCAGCAGCAGCUCAGUCAGCAGCAGGAAGAUCUCAAAGAGAAGGCGUCAGUGGCGUUGGCAGCAACUGCUGCUGCUGCUGGUGCUGCUGCUGCUGCAGGCGAGGCACCCGCAGAUCUGCUCGCUGCUGCUGCUGCUGCUGCUGCUGGAGCUGCUGCACCUCAAUCGGCAGCACAGCAAACACCUGCUGGUAAAUCUGUAUAA